AUGGAGCGCUCCGAGGCCUAUGGCUUCUCCGCCGCCAUCAGCGGCGCCUUCCUGUUCUCGUGCCUGCUCUUCUCGGCGCUGAACCGCGAGCAGCGCGCGCCCUACAUGGACGAGGCCUUCCACGUCCCGCAGGCGCAGGCCUACUGCGAGGGCCUCUUCCAGCAGUGGGACCCCAUGAUCACUACAUUGCCUGGCUUAUACUUGAUGUCUGUUGGAAUAGUGAAACCUGCAAUUUGGCUCUUUGGAUGGUCUGGAAGUGUAGUGUGCUCUACGGGAAUGCUCCGAUUUAUUAACCUCCUUUUCAGUGUUGGGAACUUCUACUUACUGUAUUUGCUUUUGUGCAAGAUACAUCAUAAAAACAAGACUGUGUCUGGUUUCCAGAGAAUCUUAUCUACGUUAACCCUUGCAAUGUUUCCUACCCUCUAUUUUUUUACAUUCCUUUAUUAUACAGACACAGGAUCAGUGUUUUUUACUCUGUUUGCAUAUUUAAUGUGCCUUUAUGGUAACCAUAAAACUUCAGCCCUACUUGGGUUUUGUGGCUUUAUGUUUCGUCAAACAAAUAUUAUAUGGACUAUUUUCUGUGGGGGAAGUGUGGUUGCACAAAAGCUAAGUGAAGCCUGGAAGACAGAAUUACAGAAGAAAAAAGAAGAAAGGAUUUCAGCCAUGAAGGGAUCAUUUUCAGAAUUAAUCAAAGUAUUACAAUUUCUUACUGAGUAUAUCAUGUCAUUUAAAAACCUAGUAACUCUUAUUGUUCUGACCUGGCCGUACAUCCUCUUAGUAAUUGUGUUCUUUGCUUUUGUGGUAAUCAAUGGUGGAAUAGUUGUUGGUGACAGGAGUAGCCAUGAAGCCUGUUUCCACAUUCCUCAGCUGUUCUACUUUUCCUUUACUCUCUUUUUUUCCUUUCCUCAUCUAAUGACACUUAAUAAAAUUGGAAAUUUCCUUCAAUCAGUACGGAAGUACUUGAUUCAAUAUAGCAUGCUCAUUGCCAUCUCUUUAUUCCUGGUCUGGAAAUUUACAUAUGUUCAUAAAUACUUGAUUGGAGAUAACAGACAUUACACAUUUUAUGUAUGGAGAAAAGUCUUCCAAAGACAUGACCUUGUGAAAUACAUAUUUGUUCCAGCCUAUAUAUUUGCUGGCUGGAGUUUGGCUGACUCUCUGAAAUCAAAAUCUAUUUUCUGGAACUUAAUAUAUUUUGUAUGUGUGUUUGCUGUCACAGUUCCUCAAAAGCUACUGGAAUUUCGUUACUUCAUUUUGCCAUUUUUAAUAUAUAGGCUCAAUAUUCCAGUUCCACCUCUUUCCAGGCUUCUUCUUGAGCUGACUUUAUAUGUUGUUGUGAAUGCAGUAACCUUUCAUCUAUUUCUGAACAAAACAUUUCAGUGGCCAAAUAGUGAAGAAAUCCAGAGGUUUAUGUGGUGAUUUUGUACUCCUAAGAAGACUCAAUUCUGUGCCUUUUCUGCAAUGAAUAAGUGACUACAGGCCCUAAAAUUAAGUAAAGUGUAUUGCUAUGUGUAACUUUUCUGUGGACAGCGUAGGGCAGGGAUCGGCAACCUUUGGCCCGUGGCCCGUCAGGGAAAUCUGCUGGCGGGCCGGGACAGUUUGUUUAUCGGCAGCGUCCGCAGGUUCAGCCAAUUGCAGCUCCCACUGGCCGCGGUUCACUGUUCCAAGCCAAUGGGGGCUGUGGGAAGUGGUGCAGGCCGAGGCAUGUGCUGGUUGCGUGCCAAAGGUUGUCGAUCCCUGGUGUAGGGACUGAAGUGAGUCGGAUGUUUAUAUUCCUGGAAAUGAAUAUGAGAUCCAAUUUACUCUUUCUACAUGAUAGGGUAUUACACCAAAUUUAUAAGGCUAUAGGGUCCUGGAUUUAAUAAAUAUGGCAUCAGGGAAAAUUCAGAAGUGUCCAAACAUUCUGCAAUUAAUGUGAAAUGAAGAAGAUGUUUACAGUCAUAAUUCAUAAUAAUCAUGUUGUUCUAUGGUAAAUACUUAUAAAACUGUGUUUCCUCUAGUGGGGGCUCUGGAAAAAGAUUUAUCUGCUAUUAGACACCAAGGAAAAAAGUAACUGAUACUUGGAAAUGUUGGAGUAAACGUUAAAUUCUUGGUUGGAGACCAGCACAAAUAAAACUUAAAAAAAAAUUGCAAAUUAAUUGGUAAGCAUUCUGAUUUCAGGUUGUAGGGUUUUUUCCAAAGUAUUUCAGCAGUUAAAUAUUUAUCUAAGUUAUGACCUGGUUUCAUAAACAGUAAAAAUCUGCAGCGUAGAUCAUUUCCAUCCAUAUCUGUUAGAGAUCAGGGGUUAAAUCCAGGGAAGCCAGGAUUUCACCCCAGAUUCUUCAGGAGUAAAAAUUAUAAAGUUCCUACUUCCCAAUGACUUUCAGUGAGAUUUAGGCUGCUAAGUGCCUAAGUCACUCUUGAAAAUGUGACCUAGGCUCCUAAGUCACUUAGGUGUUUUGAACAUUUUACCCCAGAUCAAUAUUUAUAAACUCAUAAUGCAUGAACCUUCUUUCUGAGAAAUAAAUGUAAUUGUACAACAAAAGAUAAAUUGCAUUUGAUAACAUGACGUGUUCAAAAGGGAGCAGUUUCUAAAACACAUCAUUACACUGUGGAGCUUAGUAUAAUGAACACUCUUUAAAAUAAUAGGCUUUCUAUGUCCUGAGGUUAUGUGCUUAACAAGUUUGCACUUAAGUGGGAUGUAAGUGUUCUUCCAAGUAGAAAUGAUUGUUUCUAAGAUCUGACAUAUAAUCUUAAAAAAGUACCAAUGGCAUUAUUUAAUUGUACUUUUACAUGUUUUUCAUAUAUAUAGAAAGGUGUACUGUAUAUGGAAAUUUUUGUUUUUAAAAAAGCACCUUUGUGUAUUUUCAGAAUCAAAGAAUGCUGUGUCUUUUCCCCUCAGUAAAUUACUUGAAUUAGACUUGCAAGUAUUCUUUGGACAUUUCUAAUAGCUUAUAAAGCAGCUUUAUAAAUAAAAUGCCCAAGAGUGAAGUGACUCCAAGCUACUCUCUGUUCUGGGACUGAAAUAUUGCAGUCAGGUCUGUGUACUCACAGCAAAUUCAGCCUAUAAAACCUAUACGACCGCCAUUCCAGUUAUUCUGAAAUGGAAUUGUUUCUCAGAAGGUCAGAGCUGUGUAGUUACUGACCCACAGCUGUCCUUUCUCAGCUGUGCAGCAUGCCAAAUGUUGCACUCUGUCUCGGAAUCCUAUCCCAUACUCGCCCACCACUGCCCCACUUCUCUUGAGAAAGGCUUAGAGCCACCCUUCAGUGAGUAAUUUCUUUGAGUAUUGUAUUUAAAGCACUCCCCUGCUUCCUGCUUUCUUUCUUGCCCUGCCUCCAAUAACAGUAAUUUAUUGUUAAUCUGUAUGUAGCAUUUGAAUAAGGAAGCCCACUCAGAUACUUCCACAUGACAGAGCCAACUAGGAAAGAGAUAGCAGAAGCAUGAGCUGGGUUGCAUUUCAAGCACCUCCACACAUCAUUACCUCCAAGCCCAGCCCAUACCACUGUCUUAAUUUAUGAUUUCAGUUUGACAGUUUAUGGGAGAGAUUCAUUCAUGGCUCCCAUCAUUCUGCUUGUUUAAUUAAAACAGUAAUUAAUGUUAUUAUGUAAAAGGUGUGUGUGUAAGCUUUAAAUAUAUCUUUAAACACACUCCUUAAUUUUGGUGUGGGGGGGGGAAUGGAAGGGCUAACCAAGGGGGUUCAAGUAGUUUUUUGGUUAGAAUUCUAACCUCUUCCUGAUCGAGCUUUUGUGAAUGUAUGGGUUAUGGGAGAGCUGGCUUUUCCUUGAUUAGAUUAAAGGAGAGUGGGUCUGAAUUUAAAUAGUCCAUGUACACUUAUUUUCUGUGUAGAUCUCUCUUGAUAUUGUGAUAUCUGAAUGCCUUUCAAAUAAACAUAAGGAUGGAUAGUUUUUGUGCCCUCUUUUCUCCUUAUCCUUAAUUGAGAGAGCUCAGUUGGGUUUCAGCUGUAAAUUUAAAUAUCGAAAAAUUGUGAUGCAGUCAUAUUCUUCUGGUCCCAAUAUAGAAGCCCCCUGAACUCUGAGCACCAUGCAUUUUCUGAUGAGCCUUUUAGUACAGGAUAUUAGUAAUCAAGCAGUUCAUGAAUGACUUAUACAUAGGUCUUAGGAACUACUUAAAAUAAAAAGGAUGAAGUUUACAAACUGAAACAUCUCAACAUUUUAACACCAUGGAUUUUCUUCCCCAGUGAAAUGUGUUAAUUGCAUUUUGAAUGAAUACUAUAGGGUGCUACUUCCUGUUCUUGAUGCUCUGAAGUCUCCCUAGUCUCUGUUUGCCAGAGGCUGGGAAUGGGCAAAAGGAUGGAUCACUUGAUGAUUACCUGUUCUGUUCAUCCCUCUGAACCAUCUGGCAUUGGCCACUGUCGGAAGGCAGGAUACUAGCUAGAUGGACCAUUGGUCUGACCCAGAAUGGCCGUACUUAUGUAUCUUACUAAUUUAGAAACAGGAUUGAUUUGAAAUACUUACUUUUUCAUUUAAAAAAAAAAGUCACUUGGCAUUCUUAACAGCUCACUGUUCUUUCCAAUAAUGUUCCCAACCAGGGGAGUUUUGGUAUUCAUGCAUUAGUAAGUUACUAAAACAGAAAAUGAGAGAGAGACAUUAAGGCUUUCAAAAUACAUUCACUUUGUAUACAUAUGUAUACAUAUACAUCACUUUUGCUGAUGAGCUAAAAGCUCUUUAUUGAAUUUAAUUCAAUUUCUUCCUGAACAGCAAAUUUAGAAAACAAAUGUAACAUUAUUUUAGCAAUAUUGUAUUUUUCAGAAAUAGAGAUGGUCGUAGUCACAGUGCUAUCAGUUAUAAGGAAAGGUUUCAAGACUUACUGAAAUCACAUUUGAAAUUCUGCAACUACCAUUAACAAUGGCAUUGUUUUAAUCUAUUUUUAGUGGACCAAGGUUCCCUGAUUUUAAUAAUCCUGGAAAAGAAUAGUUUCUGUUUUGAAAAAUUCUAAUCUUUGUCUUUUGCCCCUAAAAUAUUUCAGUUUUUGAAAUUUAUUGUGGGAGAUAAUGCCAGCCUGUAAUUUUAAAAACAGAGGGGCGCAUCCUCAGCCCCAAAAUAUCUUGUAGGUGAAAUGAUUUACUGAAGCAUUAUAAAAAUGAAUUACUGUAAAUGUUUCUAAUGAGGCAUCCAUUUAAAAAAUAAUUUCAUCAUGCUAAUUUGUUGAAGCAGGUGAUUUUGUCCAGGGUGGCAGCUAACGUCGUGUUUUAACAGCAUCCAAAAGCGGUAGCUCUAGAUUGAUUUUUUUUUUUAUUAACUAGGAAAGUGAAGGGUGAUCUUCCACAGUCAAUAUUAGGAAAAUCAAAAUAACUUGCAUCUCAGACAACAGAGAAAUAUAUAGAGUAAAGACUGAGUUUUGAACCUUUGAGGUUACUUCUGCUGAACAUUGGUUAAUUUUGGAUGCAAAAUCUACUAUAGAUAGGUGCAUUUGUAAAAUUUUCUUUAUUGGAGACUAUACUAAUAACUUUUGAUAGUAAAUAGCUCAUACCAUGUACAUAAUUUCUGUUCAGAAUUAUUCUCUGAAAAUGAUGUAGCCCAUUUCUGUAAUCUUUGAGGAGGUAUGGUUAAUUUUGUUUUGUGAUACACACUUUUAAAAAUCCUCACAAGGUGGCAGUCUUGAACCAUCUUUUUCAAAUUACCAGAUAUUUAUUUUAAUGAUAUUUUGAAUUACAGUGUCAUGUUUCCUACCUUAGUUCGUGUUCGAGAGUUAAAACAUUUAAAGUACUUUAGCAUAUAUCCUUAUAUAACUUUUUCAAUAACUUGUGUAGCUACAAUGUUUGUGUUCUUAAUUUGUUAACUUUUUUUGUUAGGAUUUUAAAAGCCAUGUAUUUUUGCUUAUUAUUUUAAAAAUAUUUGUUUUAAUUCUAGCAAGAUUUGGUAUAUUGUGUCUGUGAAAUCCUUGAUCUCUUUUCAUACUUGAUAUUAGAAGAAACAGAAAUUAAGCCUGAAAGCUCACUGUUGAAAUGAGGUACUUACUUUACAUAGUAUUUUAUGGUGUGUAAUGUCAAAAUAGCUUUUUAAUAGGAAACCUGUUUCAUUUCCUAACUGAUUUCUUGAAUUAACUGUUUCCCCCAUCUAUAUUUUAGACAGAGAGCCAUUCUUCCAUACCUGAGAUACAAAUACAGCAAACAGACACAUUGAGAAAAGAAAGCAAAGUAAUUGUGUUUGUAAGACUGGCACAGGUGGUGUCUUCUUUUGGUUGGACUAUGUGCUUUUGAAAAAUGUAUACUCAAAGGGCUUUGAGACAUACGGUAGACUUAUUAUGUGUUAAAUGUCACUUAAUUUUGGGUGUACUUGAAAUAUGUAGAGCCAGGGAGUUCUCAAGAAUAUUUGCCUGCAUAUCUCUAACUCUUGUGCUGUAUUAACAAUCUUAAUUUUUAUAAAAAGUUUUGGCUCACUAAUGUAUAUAUUUUGCUUUAGUGUCUGCCCCUUAUGUGCAUUUCAGUGAAUUGUACAAUAUUUGCUUACAAAAUAUCCUUAGUAAGAGUGGUUUAGAGCUCAGCCAGCAUAACCAGAUGGGUUCUGCUCACCCUUUCUAGCAAUAAAGUGUUUGUUUAUAAGGCAUGAAUGCUUUCCUAGCCCAGGCAUAUUGACAUUUGGAUCUGGAUAAAAUGCCUGUGGGGCUUCACUUUUCAUCUCUAAGGACUUUGCAAUGUGCUGAACUCUUUGAACUUCCUUUGUCUUCAGUGAGAGUUUGAGAUGCUCCUUGCAGGAGCUAAAAGGAAAGAAUGAGAUUUUUCAGAAGGAAAACAUUAUUGUAAUCUUGUUACAGAUGGAAUGAGAGUUGGUACUAGGAGCAGAAGUGCAAGGAGGUGAUUCAUGCUGGUUUUCGGAUACCUUCUCCCAUUGGUGGUGCACAAUGAUUGGGUCAUGUAUAUAACCACAUAGGGGAAUUUGUCAAUCUACUUGUGGUUGAGAGCAUCUGGAACUUUCCCUUUGGAAUGGGAAAUACUCCUGGAACAGGUCUGCUCACUUGUGUGACUGACCUCACUGAAUGUUUGUUUUGUAAUAGUUCAUCAAAUUAUUUUUCUUGUAUUUAACUAUAGUUGUUUUAGUAAUCUGCCUCUUUGCUUUCAAGAAAAGUAGUAUGCUAAUUGGACUUGUGACUGCCAUGUUUUUGUUAUAUAUUUUUUCAUAGUGUUCAUCAUCCAAAGACUAAUGUAGGUGUUUUAUAAAGUAAUAAAUAAAUACAAAUUCCAAGUCUAUUUUUA